UGACCAGGUUCCCAUCCCAUCUGUGGUUGGUUCCUUCUCCAUCGUGUUGCAUCACACUUCCCUCGUCCAACGCCUCGCUCCCAGCCAAGUUUGCUCUGUCUCUGGCUCUGGCGUCGCCUCUCCUCUUCUCGCACCACCCUCAAGCCCCUUCCCAUUCCGGCCCACCAUCCCAUCCUACUGCCCAAUCCGUCCACCCAUCCGCCCCAUCUAAUACCUUCUCCCUUCCCACACACGCCAACCCAACCUCCACGCCAACGCCAACCUCACCCCGCAUCCACCCAUCCCACGUCCCCAACUCGGCGCUUUCCCCGUCCCCCACUCCCGCCCGCGCUGCCAACCUGUCUUCUUCUGUCCCAUCCGUCCACGAGCCUACAAGUCGGUGCUUGUCCGUCCACUUCCCCGCGCUUGUCAACAAGUCUGCAAGCCAGCCGAGUCCUCUUUUGUCUUUCGCAGACGGUCGACUCGGGUGCGUACGUAAUCCGGAAUCCGGUCUUCCCAUCGGCGUCUCGUGCGUGUGCGUGCAAGAGCAAGACCACCGCCUCCGUGUGUGCCGCCGUGUGCGCAUAUUCGUGUGUGCGUUCCCACCAAACGACAAAAGGACAAUAUCGGCACAGGCUACGGGCGAACCGCAUACACUCUCGCCCACGCCCACGCCCACGCAUACGCACACGCACACGCACACGCAUACUUGGACAAAGGGUACCGCUAAGGCGCGGUGGUGCGGCGCUGUGCAGCCUCCGAGAUUUUCCUUUGUUUUUGUUCUUUGUUCUUCGGCUCGCUCAGCGCUUGACGCUUGUGCGCGUGGGUGUGCGUUCUCACACCCUCGGGCCGCGGAGUCGCUUCCAUUCGUCGCUCACUCGGGGUGCCGCGUUCGUCGGCGGUUGUAUCGCGCGAAUCAAGUGUGUGUGUGUGCGUGCGUGUAUGCAAGCGAGAACACAGGCAAGACGAAGACAAAGGCAAGGGGGAAGACCAGGACAAGCGUUUUGCGGCGUGGGCGUUGGGGGCGUUGGGCCGUUGGAGGCGUUGGGGCGUGAG